AUGACUGGUAUUAGUCAUCUGAGACUGCGAAUCGCUGACGCUUUGGCUGUGCCCUGCGGCCAGGUGGCGCUUCUCUGCGGCACAGACUUGCUGCGAGACCUUCAGAAGGUGGGUCAGCUGCCCGGGGCUCCUGGACCGUGCGAAGUGACGGCCAUGGUAUCUCGCAAGUGGGACGAGAAGCUGCAGGAACUUAUGGUGGACUCCUACCACUUCACGGCUGCUGGCAUUGCCUCGCUCGCCGACGGCCUUUUCUUUGCGUCGUCACGGCGAGGGAUGGAGAAGCUGAGGGCCGAAGACUCGACGCGGGAGGUCACGCGCAACGACGGAUCGGUCGGCAAGAUGUUGGUCCAGGAAGGCAGGUGCCUGGUGGAAUCCAUGAAGAAUGGCCAGGCGCCUGAUGGUGGGCUCUGGGUUGCUGGUAGGAAGAUGCGGAUCCUGCGCCACGAUACGGACGACCACCUCCCGACGCUGAUUGCGAUCAGCAAAGAGUGGACCGUAGAAGGCCCCGGAGGGCCUGGAAGCACCAUGAACGUGUCGGUGGACUCCCUGACGAUCACCGUGGCGGGCGGUCGCAAGCUCCUCUCCGAGGUGAACUGCCUCGUGCAGCCGGGGGACAUGGUGGCGCUGAUGGGGCCCUCCGGAGCCGGCAAGACCACCCUGCUGAACAGCAUGGUGGGCAGAAGCAUCAUGGGCAGUGUGAGCGGAGGCAUCAGCUACAACGGCAAGAGUCUGGGGACCGUGCGCAGCAACAUUGGCUAUGUGACCCAAGACGACAUCAUGUACGAGACCUUGACGCCUCGUGAGAACCUGUCCUUUGCGGCAUCGUUCAUUCUCCCAAAGCUCGGAAAGGCGCAGCAAAAGGAAGUCGUGGAAGAUGUCAUCAACAAGCUGAACUUGGCCAAAUGUGCUGACACCGUUGUGGGUUCACCUGGGCUGGUCCGGGGCAUCUCCGGGGGAGAGCGGAAGCGGACGAAUGUGGGCUUGUCCUUGAUUGGCAAGCCUGCGUUGCUACUCCUCGACGAGCCCACGAGCGGUUUGGACUCGAAGAUGUCCGACUCCCUGAUGAAGGAUGUGAAGACCGUGGCGGAGCAGGGCUGCACGGUGGUCGCGACGAUCCAUCAGCCGUCCGAGUUGGUCUUCAGCCGCUUUGACAAGGUCUUGCUGCUGGCCGGCGGCCAGACGGCCUACUACGGGCCCAUCAAAGGCCUCCGCGACUCCUUGAGCAACCUGGGCUUCCUGUGUCCGCUUGGCACGCCUCUGCCGGAGCUGCUGCUGGAUGUCCUCGAAAAGCCCGCAGCAGGCGCGGACAGAGAAGAGCACGAGAAGAAGCUCAUCAACUUGAGGGCGCUGACCGACUCCACCGGAAAGGACAACACGGUCUUCAGCCCGGCAGGAUCGGAGAUGCCGGCUGCCAGGCGAGCCGGCUUCUGCAAGCAGCUGGCCAUACUCUUUCAGCGCGAGGCUGUGAACGUGAAGCGCAACAAGCCUCUCACGGUCGUGCGAGCCGUGCAGUCCAUCGCGGCUGCGCUGCUCAUCGGACUGAUCUUCGUUCAGCUCGAGCGAAACAUGACCAGCAUUCAGGUUCGCCUCUUUGCCAGCUUCCUCUUGGUCUUUGCCCAGUUCAUGUUCGCCAUCCUUGGGGUGGCAAAUGCUUUUCCGGCGGAGAGGGCGGUCUUUCUACGUGAGACGCAAGACAAGCUUUACCAUCCAGCAGCCUUCUACCUGGCCAAAGUGGCCAUUGACACUGUGUUGCAGAGCCUCUUCCCCAUCCUGGUCGUUGCUGUGGCCUAUCCCCUUAUCGGCCUGAAUGGGGAGAGUGCCGACCGAGUGCUGUGGUUCUACUUCAUAAUGGCCAUAGUGUCGAAUUGUGGCGCAGCUGUGGGAUUCAUGGUGUCCGCUGCUGUGCCCAGCGUGACCAUCGCCUUGUCGAUUGUGCCAGGCCUUGUGAUGCCACAGCUGCUGCUCUCUGGCAUCUUCAUCAAGGUGGAAGAUCUAGUCCAGCCUUUCAAUGCCCUGAGCUAUCUUAUGGUUGCACGCUAUGCUGUCCAGGCUACAGUGACCAACGAGUUUUCCUGUUCUGCCAAGCAGGACUGCGACGCUCAAGUGUGGCGUGUGGCUGACCCCAACCAGUGCAGUGCGUCCCCUUGCGACUUCUGCUGCACCGCCCACGAAAAGCUCGCGUCGGGGGGGAUUUGCCCCACUCUCACCUGCGACGAUGCGCUUCGGUUCCUGGCCUUGGAUGAGAUUUGGCCAAGUGGGGACACACACGAGGAGACGAUCAUCUACAAUGUUGCGGCGCUGCUCAUCCUCCUCCUUUUCUUCCGGCUGCAAGGGCUGAAUGUCCUGAUGAUGAGCUACCGGAAGGCGACGACAGGAAGGUGCUUGCCCUGUCGCUUUUCCAGGCCUGCAGCGGUCAAUUCCGAGGUGUCGGUUUGA